AUGUUGCCUGUAUCCGAUGACAUCUUAAACAUGACGAUUAAAGCAGUUCACAUCUGCUGCUUCGCUGAUAGGUCGGGAACUAACGAAUGGGGUGUCUUCCUUUCGGACUUGGAGGAAGAUACACUGCCCGUGGAGGUCGACUGUGCGAUUGAGAACCAUUCCAACUCUCCACGUCCCCUUUUACCCGGUGGACUCAAGGCUGCAUUGCUGUUUUAUCCAAACUACUUUACAAACGCAGAGAAGAGAUGGGAUAUCAAGGUUAUCCCGGGGCAGACAGUUCAGGAUGUCUACGACCUAGUGAUUCAAGGUAGACUUGACAAGUUCGAGUUCACCAGCAAUCGUGCUGGCCACCGAUGGUGGAUCCAGACUUUCAUCAAACUUCUUUCGGAUACGCACUUCUUUGUCGAUAAAAGUCAGGUCAGAGAGGCCCUGCAGGGCUUGCGCAGAUCUUGGCCUGGUGGAUCUGAUCGUCGUAUUACACAGGGGCUCUUCUAUUGA